AUGGCCUCAAUUCGUCGCAGAUCCUUGCAGGUGAGCGCCGUCAUAAAUCAGUUGGAUCUUCGUGGGGCUUUGGCAUCCUUCAAGGCUGACAAGAGAGUUUCCCCAGGGCUUUUCAUCGCUGUCACUGUCAUGGUCAGCGCUUUUGCCUUGGCAGAACUGAACAUGGGAUGCCCAGGCAAAGGACUGCCAGCCGCACGCCUUGAUUUGAAGUUCGUCCACUGUGAGGUGCCGUCUCAUGAGCAAGCCAUGAAGUUACAGGUGUUUGUCAUGGUGCCGCGAAAAUCGCUCAAGCGAAGAUGCUGCGAGUUGCAUCGCUCUUACCAGUUCCUCUAUGAUAUCUGUGUGAUCAUGGUCUUCAUAGUGUUGUGA